GGAGGGGAUUGGAACACCUGAAUCACAUGAUAUGGAGGGGAUUGGAACACCUGAAUCACAUGAUAUGGAGGGGAUUGGAACACCUGAAUCACAUGAUAUGGAGGGGAUUGGAACACCUGAAUCACAUGAUAUGGAGGGGGGAUUGGAACACCUGAAUCACAUGAUAUGGAGGGGAUUGGAACACCUGAAUCACAUGAUAUGGAGGGGAUUGGAACACCUGAAUCACAUGAUAUGGAGGGGAUUGGAACACAUGAAUCACAUGAUAUGGAGGGGAUUGGAACACCUGAAUCGCAUGAUUGGGGAGGGGAUUGGAACACCUGAAUCGCAUGAUUGGGAGGGGAUUGGAACACCUGAAUCACAUGAUAUGGAGGGGAUUGGAACACCUGAAUCACAUGAUUGGGGGGGGGAGGAUUGGAACACCUGAAUCACAUGAUAUGGAGGGGAUUGGAACACCUGAAUCACAUGAUUGGGAGGGGAUUGGAACACCUGAAUCACAUGAUAUGGAGGGGAUUGGAACACCUGAAUCACAUGAUAUGGAGGGGA